AUGCUGCGGAAUCUUCUGGCUCUCCGUCAGAUUGCUAAGAGGACCAUAAGUACUACUUCACGCAGGCAGUUUGAAAAUAAGGUUCCGGAGAAACAAAAGCUGUUUCAGGAGGAUAAUGGAAUGCCAGUGCAUCUAAAGGGUGGCAUAGCUGAUGCCCUCCUGUACAGAGCCACCAUGAUUCUCACAGUUGGUGGGACAGCAUAUGCCAUGUAUGAACUGGCUGUGGCUUCAUUUCCCAAGAAGCAGGAUUGA